GAAUGAGCCCACAAAAUAAAAAAGAUAAAGAGAUGUACAAACUUAGACGACCUUGACCUUGGUUGUCGACUACAAGUCCACUCUCACACCACAUAUUCAAAGUGAAAUCUGCAGAUCAGAGUUAACAAAAUCAUCUGGAUGCCAUUGGAAUUUGAGGCCACUCUCUGUAAGUAUAAUUGCUCACACCCAUCUAUAAUGAAGAGGAAGCUGGGAAUGGUACGUACUCUGCUCAUUUUAUACCCAAUUUUUUUCUGUUUUUAUCUUCUAUGCUGUUAUGCGAAAGAUACCUUAACAUUAAAUGAUUCCAUCAGUGAUCGAAAAAAUGAAACUCUCAUCUCAGCUAGUAAAAGAUUUGAAUUAGGAUUUUUCACCCCUAAUGGAAGCUCUGAUAACAGAAGAUAUGUGGGAAUUUGGUAUAUUGGAUCUAAUCCAAGGAGAAUUGUAUGGGUUGCAAAUCGAUCGCCUCCACUAGAUAAGCGUACAGGGGUUUUUUGCAUUGCUGAAGAUGGUAACCUCGUGGUACUUGAUGGAAACAACGAACCCAAAUGGUCAUCUGGGCUUUCAGGAUCGUCUUCCUUUAAAGGGAUGGUGAAGCUCUUCGAUUCUGGAAACCUGGUUCUAACAAAAGAAGACAACGGCAAAUCGACUGAUGUCUGGGCAAGCUUCAGUAAUCCAACUGAUACAUUUCUUCCUGGUAUGAACAUGGAUGAUAACAUUAAUUUGACUGCAUGGAAAAGUCAUGAUGACCCAGCACCAGGGAACUCUGUAUUCCGGAAAGAUGAAGAAAACGGAAACCAAUACACUAUUAUUAAAGAUGACGACGUGUACUGGAGAAGUGGAGUUUCUGGAAAUUUCAUAAAGUCUGCUGUUUUCUCCGUUAUAUCAUCAAUGUUAUCAAACUCUACAGAAUCUGGCUCCGACUUAAGAAAUAUUUUUAAGAAUUGUAGUAGUCCCAGUUGUAAAAUUGCAUCAUCUUCAAACAUCGAUAGAAGUAAUAUGAUGUUAGUUAUGAAUUAUGAUGGACAGAUACAAUAUUUCAUCCGAAAUAAUCAGUCAGAUUCAUGGCCUUUGAUCUGGCGGGAACCGAGAGAUAAGUGCAGUGUGUUUAAAUUCUGUGGAAACAACGCUAUCUGCAAUACCCAGACAGGAUGCAAGUGUUUACCUCCAUUUGAAAUUGUGUCACCUGGUGAUUUUUCUCAAGGGUGCCGAAGAAGAACACCUCUAUUAUGCAACAAGUCUAGCGAUGGAAACUUCUCGAAAUUAGAAAUGAUGAAACUGGGAAAGCCAGAUAAGGAAGUUGAGGCCCCAGGUGAAAUUGGAUGCAGAGAAAAAUGUUUGGAAAAAUGCGGGUGUCAAGCUUAUUCGUUUGAAACACCAAAUAUAACAAGAAGGGACAGUAGAAUAAAUUCCACAUGCUGGCUUUGGACUGAAGAUCUCAACAAUAUUCAGGAGAAUUACACAGAUGGUGGCCGUGACAUAUAUCUCCGUUGGCUGCCUGAUUCAGUAGUAGGAUCUAACAGAAGAGACGACAUUUCUCAUCGAAAGUUUCGAGGGACUCUGAUUGCUUUGGUGACUAUGGCAAGUUUUACUGUUAUGGCAUGCGUCAUUGCAUAUGGCUACAUGCAAAAGAAAAAGGCCAACAGACAAGAAGAAAUGCAAAGAGCUCUGGGGCUUCACUUAUAUAACAGUCAGAUGCACGUCAGAGAUCUGAUAGACUCUGGCCAGUUCAGAGAGGAGGAUAAAAAAGGCAUAGACUUACCUUUCUUUGAUUUCAGAAGCAUACUAGCCGCUACAGAUAACUUCUCUGAAGCAAACAAGCUUGGGAAAGGAGGCUUUGGCCCCGUUUACAAGGGUAAGUUUUCAGGAGCUCAAGAAUUUGCUGUUAAGAGGCUCUCAAGUGUUUCAGGACAGGGUUUGCAGGAGUUUAAGAACGAGGUUGUGUUGAUUGCUAAGCUCCAACAUCGAAAUCUUGUUAGAAUUUUGGGCUACUGUAUAGAAGGGGGCGAAAGGAUUUUGCUCUAUGAAUACAUGCCUAAUAAAAGCUUAGAUUUCUUUAUAUUUGAUCCUACUCUCAGCAUAUUACUGGAUUGGGAGACACGCUUCAAUAUCAUUUUGGGAAUUGUUCGAGGACUUGUCUAUCUUCACCAAGAUUCUAGGUUGAGAAUCAUUCAUAGAGAUUUGAAAACUAGUAACAUUCUAUUGGAUCAUGAGAUGAAUCCCAAAAUUUCUGAUUUUGGGUUGGCAAAGAUUUUUGAAGAAACACAAACAGAGGGGGCCACAAAUCGGGUGGUGGGAACUUAUGGUUAUAUGUCCCCAGAGUAUGCAUUAGAUGGAUUUUUCUCAGUCAAAUCCGAUGUUUUUAGUUUUGGUGUGGUGGUACUUGAGAUUAUAAGUGGAAAAAAGAACACUGGAUUCUACAAUUCAGAAGAAGCUUUAAGCCUUCUAGGUUAUGCAUGGAGAUUGUGGCAAGAAGACAAGGCACUGGAUUUAAUUGACCAGAAACUGAGAGAAAGUUGGAAAACAGACGAAAUAUUGAAGUGCAUAAAUAUUGGGCUCUUAUGCGUGCAAGAAGACCCAGAUGAUCGUCCCACCAUGUCCAUGGUUAUUGUCAUGCUAGGCGGUGAAACUGUGACCCUUCCAGCUCCCAAAGCGCCAGCCUUCAUUUUAAAGAGAGGAAAAUUUGACAUGCCUUCUUCUUCUAGCAGUAAACCAGAAUCAAAGGUAGAAAUAACAGUCAGUUUAGAAGGUCGGUAGACGAUAGCCAUGGAAACCAUCAUUAUGCAUUUCAUUCUUCUCUAUAUAUCAAUCUUAGAUAACUUUUCUUUCCUUGAGUUGAUCUUUCAGCAAAUCGCAAUAUUCUACUAGAUGAAGAGAUAAAACCCAAUUCCAAAGCGUACUGAAACUUCAAAUCUAUCAAUUUUAAUAUUUUAUUAGAAUAGAUGAUGGAGAUCUAAAUUGAGUUGUAACACGUUCUGUAAUCAGUCUCUGCACACGUCAGUUUGAUUUUUAUUGCAAGUUUGGUAGCAUUGAAGCGACUUAUUCAGCUAAA